AUGAGUGAAUCAAGCUCAAAAUCCAGCCAGCCCUUGGCCUCCAAGCAAGAAAAGGACGGUACUGAGAAGCGAGGGCGGGGCAGACCACGCAAGCAGCCUCCGGUGAGUCCCGGGACUGCGCUGGUAGGAAGUCAGAAGGAACCCAGUGAAGUGCCGACACCCAAGAGACCUCGGGGGCGACCCAAGGGGAGCAAAAACAAGGGUGCCACCAAGACCCGGAAAACCACCACAACUCCAGGAAGGAAACCAAGGGGCAGACCCAAAAAGCUGGAGAAGGAGGAAGAAGAGGGUAUCUCGCAGGAGUCCUCAGAGGAAGAGCAGUGA